GUAAAUUGUUUGAUCGCUUCUUUUGAAAUGUUACGAUUCUUGGAUCACUUUACAGUUGUCCAUAUGGAGGAAAUUAUAUUCGAUAAAGUUCACUACACUUUUUAAUUACACUUAACAACAUUGUAGAAAACCUAUAUAUACAUUAUGCACCCCUGAAUACAUAAGUACUCAGGAGUCUGUAAAUUCGAUCGUCAUAAAAAAUGGGUUCACAAUCGCAGCAUGAGCAUGAGAUUGAGAAGGGCCACGUAGUUUUGUUCCCCUUCAUGGCGAAAGGCCACACCAUCCCUCUCCUCAACUUGUCUCGCAUCUUCCUCGCUCAGGGACUCGCCGUUACCGUCUUCACCACCCCCGCCAACCGCACCUUCAUCCACCAAUCCCUUCCCGCUGCCGCUAACGUGGUCCACAUCUCUUUCCCUCAAAACAUCGUCCCUGGAAUCCCCGCAGGCGUCGAAAGCACCGACAAGCUCCCUUCAAUGGACCUCUUCUUCUCCUUCGCCCUCUCAACCAUCCACAUGCAACCCGACUUCGAGCGAGCCCUCCAAACCCUUCCAGGCGUCAGCUUCAUGGUCUCCGACGGCUUCCUCUGGUGGACCGCCGACUCCGCUGCCAAGUUCGGUUUCCCCAGAUUUGUUUUCUAUGGUUUGGGAAACUACGCCUUAUCCCUGUUUAAACUCGUUGCUGAGAGCCGGCUCCUAGACGGGGCCGACUCCGACACGGAGUUAGUCACCGUAACUCGGUUUCCGUGGAUCAAAGUUACCAAAAAGGACUUUAACCAGUCCACUAUUACUGAUGAUGUCCAACAUGCAUCCUCUGAGUUCAGCAUGAAAAUAUUGGAGUCAACCGUUCGUAGCUUGGGUAUGAUAGUCAACAGCUUCUACGAGCUCGAAGCUGUGUUCGUUGAGUACUGGAACACUGAGUGUUUGCCCAAGGCCUGGUGUGUCGGUCCCUUUUGUCAGCUGGCACAAGAUGAACCACACGAUCGUGAUGAAAAGGCGAUCUGGAUUGAGUGGCUGGACAAAAAGCUGGAGGAGGGACGUAGAGUUUUGUACGUUGCGUUUGGGUCGCAAGCUGAGCUAUCAGCUGAGCAGCUCCAAGAGAUAGCUUUAGGGUUGGAAAACUCUAUGGUCCACUUUAUGUGGGUCAUAAGAAGCAAAUCGUACGCAUCAGAGACUGCCACGUGGGAUAUCAAAGGGUUUGAAGAGAGAGUGAAGGAGAGGGGAAUGGUGGUUAAUGAGUGGGUUGACCAGAGGCGGAUUUUAAUGCACGGGAGCGUGCAUGGUUUUGUGAGCCACUGCGGAUGGAACUCGGUGUUGGAAGGCAUAUGCACCGGAGUGCCGAUUCUGGCGUGGCCGAUAAUGGCGGAGCAGCCACUGAAUGCCAGGUUCGUGGUGGAGGAGAUCAAGGUGGGGCUGAGGGUGGAGACGUGUGACGGUUCAGUGAAGGGGUUUGUGAAGGCAGAGGGGUUGGAGAAGACGGUCAAAGAGUUGAUGGUGGGAGACAAGGGAGAGGAGGUGAGGAAGAGAGUGAAGGAGUUUGCUGACAUGGCAGAUAAGGCUGCGAAGGAAGGUGGGUCGUCGUGGUCAACGCUGCAGUUGCUUAUUGAUGAGGCAACGCUGGCCAACAAGAAUUUAGACAAUCAGUCGUGAGGCUUCGAGCGUUUUCAUUCUAAUGAGAAGUAGUAAAUAGCUACGGUUUGUAAAGAGAGAUUUUUCAAUGUUUGGAACAUGGUUUGUACAUAAAAUGUUAUAAUACAAGUAGUUGCAAAUACAACUACUUAGAUUAUGACACUUGAUGCACACACAAAAAAAAAAUCUCUUAUGUAUGGCUCUUUCAAUAAUUAUCAUUUGGUACAA